CUUCAACCCCCCACUUCUAAAUCCUCAGGACCCAUCUCACAGGUACUUCUAUCCUCACAAUCCAGAGAUGACAUUAUCAACUGCAACCCGCCCAUCCUCGAUCCACAGCGUUUCUAGUCUGGCCGGCCGUCUAAAGAUUCGCAAACCGAAGAGCUCUGCCCAAGACAUUGGAGACACUAUACGUGCUUUCCUGCAACAUUUUGACACCACCGACUUGCCAUCUAUAUGGGAGUCAACACUCGAAGCUCGCUGCCUCGUAGAGGCCGAGCGUCGUGGAUACUCCAUUGAGGUCCUCAGGCCUUAUUUAACACUUGGACUGAACAUCACCGUUUCUGCGUACCACUAUAUUGACGAUACCAACGUCAAAGUGUUCAUCGCAUUCUUCUGCAUGUUUCUGAUAUACCUCGACGACGUUUAUCCCAACGAUUCCGACGUUUUGGGUGGAGUUCCUGAUUUCACAAGGCGCUUCACAUCGUCAGAAAAGCAGUCGAGCAAGAUUUUGAACGACUUGGCAGACCUUUUGACUGAAAGCUCUCAAUACUUUGGCAGAGUCACUGCCGACUUCAUCGUCCACUCCGCCCUAAAGUUCAUUACUGGGCUAAUCUUAGAAGUCCAGAGCAAGAACGAGUCGACGCAACGAGUUGAAGAAUAUGCCAUAUUCCUUCGCGAACAAUGCGGGCUGGCAGAAGCCUUCGCAAUGUUCAUUUUCCCCGGGAACCUCCCAUUCCACCUAUAUAUCCAAGCUCUCCCUUCCAUGCGUGAUUUCAUCGACUUCGCGAACGACAUCCUCUCAUUCUACAAGGAGGAGUGCAGCGGUGAUACCAACAAUUUCAUAUCGCUUCUAGCUCAAGCUCGUGGUGCGCCUAAGAAUCAGGUUCUUCGCUACGUGGUGACGCAGUGCCUUGAAUCUUACGAGAGGGCCUUGCGCAUCUUGUCGCCUCACAAAGAAGCGUACGAGGCCUUUACGGAUUUCACAGACGGGUAUCUGGCUCUUCAUUUGGGCAUGACGAGGUAUAGACUUAGCGAGCUGGGACUAUAAUUGGUUUCCCCUGUAAUUUAUUAACUAUAAUUAAUUUAAUGUAGAG